AUUGUGAGUGACAUAACUGCAGCUGAUGAGUUAAAAUGUGUAAAUAAAUAAAAUAAAAAAUGCUGUACAACAAUGGAGGUCUUUUUCCUUCUGAUUUCCACAGAGGAGUAUGACCUGGAAAUAACCAACAAUGGUCCCAUCACAACGGGAGCUCAAGCUACUGUUCACGCCAGUCUAAGUAUGAAGAAUGACAAUGUCACAUCAAACUUGUAUCACUUUAACUGGAUUUAUGCUCCUCUGAUUCUGAUAGAGAAAUCUGAGCAGCGGUUUAACUCUGUAAUUAAUGUGACCGGUGAAUUUCCUGGGACUUUUCCUGUAUCUGUCUGGGUGACUCACAGAAACUGUUGGUUAUGUCGGCCGGUUGCUAGAAACAUCACUGUGCUUCAGAUUACAGAAUUUAUCACAGGGAAUCUUACCAUUGCCCAGAUAGAAGACAGUAGAUUUAUCACACGUGGUUCUAGUUCCUCCACGGGCGCCGUGACCCGGAUUUCUUUCUGUCUUCAUGACCCAAGUCAUUACUUCAAGUCAGCAUCAUUUGUUUACAACUGGGAUUUUGGAGAUGGACUUUAUCAGAUUACCAAGGAACCCUUUGUCUACUAUAACUGCUCUACCAUGGGGAAUCGCACGGUGCAUCUGAAAGUCAUAGCUGAAUGGGAGCAAAUUGGAAGCAUCAUACGUGAAAGAGAAAUGGUGCAGAAAACUGGUGAUUUUACCACUGCUCUGGCGCUGUUAGAUGCUGUUAAAAGUAUUAAUGUAGUGGGCUCCAGAGAGACUCACGUAAUGGAAAACCUGAGUUUAUCUCUUCAUAUCAACGGCACCCCACCACUAGCAUUAUGCUGGCUUAUAAAGUCUGAAUGCAUUCCACUUGAAGGUGAAAAAUGCCAUCUGGUGGUGAUUAAUGGCUCGUGCUAUAAUCUCAGCCAUACCUUCAGUGAUGCUGGGCAGUACUGCCUCAGUGUCCGAGUGGAGAACGGCGUGACAAUGCUGCAAACGUACCAUGAAAUAAAAGUGUGGCCAACAGGGAUCCACCCGGCUUUCUUUGUGCUGCUCUGCAUCGCUCUGGUUUCAGUGAUGCUAGGAUUGGUGCUGUACACGACUUUUCGAAGUAACACGCAACAAAAAGAUCUCAUAGAGGUAGCUGACUUUGACUUUUCUCCACUGUCUGAUAAAAACCUGUCUUCUCAAUCGGAGUCGGACUGUAACCAAAUAUGUUGCAGAUCAUGUUUUCUUUGGUCAUCUCAAGAAGCUGCCAGGGAGAGUCAUGAACUUCUACAUUCUUUUUACAAGCCAGUCAAAAUGUACACCGUGUGAAGAACACAAUUGCACUUUGGUUACACUAACUCAAUUUUAACUUUCUCACUUAUGAUGAGUUAAAAGCCCAGUGCUUAAUGAAUGGUUUGGUUUUGCCAAUGCAAUGAGGUUAACCACUUUAAGUCCCGCACUUGAGCAUUUCGUUUUCUGAACUAAAAAAGAGCAAGCCCUGAGACACACUAAAAGUAGCUUCGUAUUUUUAAAUUAUAUGGGUGUGAAUUUUACACAUUUACAGCUGUGAAUGCAGCAUUUUAUUCUUAUGAAAGAUUGUUUUAUGUAAAGACUCACUACCUCUUGUAAUUUCUCUGUUCCUUCUACUGUCUGUUACAAAGAAGAAAAUGCUUAUGACAAACAAACCUCUCUUUCCUAUGUUACAACAAUAUUACUGGAAAUGGAAUUUCCAAAUCACCCAAAAUACUGUUGACCGUGUAUUUGUUCUAAAAAGGAACUGACUUGUCCAGGUUGAGAACGGCCUAGGUGCUUGCAAUGAACCAGACUACCCAAUUAUGUUGUGUUUUUUCCCCCUGUCUUAAAAGACCCAUUUUUUUAAGUUAAUGGGCUUCUGUGAGACUGCAGCAGCUUGUGACCUGCUCAGGAAGAGCUAGCUGCCAGCAGUAUUUUGGUGGGACCACAGCAUGUGCUGUAAAAGACUCCACAUCUCCAACACUUUUAUGAAGUAGUACACGACACGCUUUUUUUUUCCGGCUGUUCAUCUUCCUUUUCUUUCUCAUAUUAUUAACCAGCUAGUCACCUAAGCCCCUCUUCCAAAAAAUGCAACAACCAGUUGCUGCUCAGCAAACC